CUGAAUUUGGUUCGGUCAGUGAUAACCGCCACUUGCCAAGCAGCGGACGCGCCGCGAGCGACUGUAUUCAAAUCAAAACUUUGCAAUCGUGAUUUUUUAAUUGAAUUUAAAUUAAAAAUAGUGUUCAACUAACCAAAGACUAAGAUGCAGCUGCUGAGAUCUGUGCUCUGCUGCGUAGUGCUAACCAUCUGCGGACUCGAUGCUGACGCCUAUCGAAUACUGUUUAUGGGUCCCUUCCCAGCGCCCAGUCACUGGAUGUGGCUGGAGCACUUUCAGCGGGAUCUGUUGGAGCGCGGACAUCACGUGACCAGCCUCAACAAUCAUCCCACAAAGAAGCCGCACGAGAAUCUCACUGAGAUCAUACUCAAUCCCAGCUUUGAUAUACCCAAGCACUUUCCCAAGAAGAACAUAUUCACCAUGCGCUUUGCCAGCGACUUUCAGAAUCUGCAACUGUGGUGGAAAAUCGGUGAAUUGACCACGGAACAUGCUCUGCAGGAUGCACAGGUGAGGCGACUUAUCGACAGCCAGGACGAGCACUUCGACCUGGUCAUAUUGGAGCAGUUCUUUCACGAAGCGUUCCUGAUGUUUGGCCACAAGUUCAAGUGUCCCGUGGUCACAAUCGGCACCAUGGGCUAUGCGGACAACAUGGAUCAUGCAAUGGGCAUACUGACGCCCUGGUCGGUUAUACCCCAUUUGCUGCUUUCGCACACGGACAAGAUGACGUUUAGCCAACGUGCCUACAAUGCGUAUCUGUCUUUGUAUGAUGCCGUUAUUAGGCGUUGGCACUACAUGCCACUCAUGCAGCAGCUGGCCGAGAAGUACUUUGGAUCUGCCAUCGAAGGUGCCUUGCCUAAUGUGCUCGACUUGGAGCGCAACAUUUCCCUGAUGCUGAUCAACAGUCAUCGCAGCGUCGACCUGCCACGCCCCAGUAUGCCAGGGCUCAUCAAUGUGGGUGGAGCGCAUAUACGGCCCGCCCAGAAGCUACCGGCGGAUAUACAAAGCUUUAUAGAUAAUGCCACGCACGGCGUGGUCUACUUCAGCUUGGGCUCGUAUAUGAAGAGCACGGAUAUGCCGCCCGAGAAGACAGAACAGUUGCUCCAAGCCUUUGGCAGGCUGAAGCAGCAGGUGCUGUGGAAAUACGAGAAUGCGUCGAUUGGCCAAUUGCCGCCAAAUGUGAUGAUACGCAAGUGGAUGCCACAGAACGACAUUCUGGCACAUCCGAAUGUCAAGCUGUUCAUCUCGCACGGCGGCAUCUUUGGCACCCAGGAGGGCAUCUAUUGGGGCGUGCCCAUGCUGUGUAUUCCCCUGUACGGCGAUCAGCACAGGAAUACGAUCAAGUCCGUGCGGGAGGGCUAUGCGCGUUCGCUGGUCUUCUCGAAGAUGAAUGUCGAGGAUCUGGUGAGCAACAUCGAGAUGCUGAUCUAUGAGCCCGCUUACAAGCAAAGCGCGUUGGAAGUGUCCAAGCGAUUCCGUGACAAUCCGAUGCAUCCUCUGGAGGAGGCCAGCUACUGGAUUGAGUACGUCAUUAGGCAUCGCGGUGCUGGGCACUUGAAAUCACAGGGUGCCCAUAUGCCGCUCCAUCAGUAUCUGUUGCUCGAUGUGAUUGGCUGCGCGCUGCUCGCCUUGUGGCUGGCCGUGUGGCUGCCCUGGCGCAUGCUGCGCAAGCUGUACAAUUGGUGGGCGGCGGCAGCGGCGACAGCGCAGAAGCAGGAGACCAAGAAACGUCUGUGAAAUUUUUAAGAAAUAGUUGUAGAAUAUGUCUUUUAGUCACAUCCAAUGUACGGUGAUAUAAUUAUAGAAAUCACGAAUUUCCCUCUUUGCGAAAGAGGCUAAAGGUACAACAGAAAUGGGCAGCUUAUACUAGUCCCCCUCAAUAUGUAAUAUUUACAUUUAUUUACACACCUGUCAACACAAUCAAACCAAUUCAGGUUUUCACAACUUAAAUGCAAAAAUACAAAAAAUAAAUUACUAUAAAUCCCUCUAAA